GUGAGCCACGAUCAGCGCUCCAUCCUGCGGAGCUCAGGGCGAAGAAAACCGCAGGGAAACAGCAAAAAAAGCAACGCAAUGGACCCACCAAAGGAGUAGCUGAGCUGGGGAAGGGGGCUCAGGCUCUCAGUGUGGAGCUGAGGAUCAGAGAGACAAACCGAGGACAGAAGAGGCUCGAGGUUCAGCAAGAAGCUGUCUGGCCCCAUGUCUGCCCCUGCACCAGCCAAUAGGAGGACUGGGUUGGGCUCCCGCCGGUUUGACUACUGCAGGUUCAUAGAACUAGACUACGUCCCCAUGGAGACAGGAUAUAUGGUGUCAAUGCGCCCGACUAAAGGCAUCGCAGCGACAAAAUCACCAACUAAAGGAUACACUUCCACCAAAUCUCCAGAUCGCCACAGCCGCUCUACAAACUCUCCCUCAACCCCAACGUCCCGGCGGACGGCGGCCCCACCCAGUAACAGAGAUCCCUUUGGCAACGCCUCCCUCAGCAGUGGCAGCAACUCGAGCUCCUGUAAAGGCAGCGACUGCAGCCCAACCAAAGGACGUCAUAAAAAGUACAGCUCAUGUACAGAAAACCAUGGGAUCCGUCCUCCUCCGCCAGAGCAGUACCUCACACCUCUUCAACAGAAAGAGGUGUGCAUACGACACCUACGGGCCAAGCUAAAGGAAACCAUCACUACCCUGCAAGACAGGGAUACAGAGAUAGAUGAGCUGAGAGGCCAGCUUUACAGGAUGCAGGAGGACUGGGUUGAAGAGGAAUGUCACCGUGUGGAGGCUCAGCUGGCUCUGAAGGAGGCACGCCUGGAGAUCCAGCAGCUCAAACAGGCUGUGGAUACUGUUCGUGCCAGGCUCAGUGAUGCUGGAGGGCUAAGUGGGGACGCAGGGGUCCAGAAGUACUUUCAGGACAUCAACACUCAGAACCACAAGCUUGAGAACCUUUUGCUCAACAUGGAGAUCGCCCAGGCUGGAUUAGCCAAGGAGGCAGAGGGGAUACCAGGCUGUCGGAUCCGUGUUGGUGGUUCGGCACCAGCAUCUGUAUCAGGGGAGAGUCCAGGGGGGAUAUCCAAACCACCAGUAGGUGGGAGAGGGUCUUGCUCCUGUGAUGGUUCCCCGGCCCGUUCUCUUACGAGGAGCUCCACCUACACUAAGCUGAGCGAUCAAGCGCUUGCAGAUAGGAACAGUAACGGCCAAGACUUUCCUUGUCUCUCAGGAGAUGGUACCCAGGACAGUGGCAUUGUGUGUGGGGAGAGCAGCAUCCCCAGCCGAGCUGACCUGCUGCUGGAGGCUGCUUUUCUUUCUGAGGAAACAGCAUCUUUACUGAACUCCUACACACAGACCUUUGCCCACUCUCUGCCUAACUCUCUACCCCACUCUCUGCCUAACUCCAUGCCCCACUCUCUGCCUAAUUCCAUGCCCCAUUCUCUGCCUAACUCCAUGCCCCACUCUCUCCCCAACUCUCUGCCUCAUACUUUCUCCCACACCUUGCCUCAUUCUUUCCCUCACAAUUUGUCCCACUCUGUGCCCCACGCUAUGCCGCACUCCGCCACCUAUGACAGCGUAUGCACAGGUGAGCGCCUGGCACCGUUCCGCUGUGGCCUGAGUGGAAUGGGCUGCAUUAGCCACCCAUGCCUGUCUCACCACCUCUACCUGCACCCUCUGAGGGAAGCAGGCAUUCAGACUGAAAGCUGCCCCAUUCCUGCAGCAACAGGAUACUCUGAUUUGGACACUAUUGCAGAGCAGCGUACUUUCCGAUCCCAGGCUUGCAGCCCCACUUCCACCUGGAUGUCUGAUGAGGGUGAGGAGGAGUUGGACUCCAUCACCACCACGACUUCAGUUACAACAGCAACAGUCAUGAGUACAGCUACAGAGCCAAUCCCAGUCUCCAGGACACCAUCAGUCCCUGCAUUGCCAAGAUCUGCAACCGUAGCAUGUUCCAUGGAGAGCCCUCUUUGUGUAGGCAAGGAUGAAGUGGAGGAAGAGGAAAAGCAGGAGAAAGAGAAGAGAGAGAAGGAAGCUAAAACAGCAACAGAGAAUCAGGAGAAAACAGCAGUGGUCAGCCCAGAAGAAGACAGGCAGCAAACUGGCUCAAUCAAGGAAAAUGAGGGGGAAGUGGAACAUUCAGCAGUUGAGGUUGAUCCAACAAAAGUGUGCAAUUUAUCAGAGACAUCAGCAGGAACACAGGGUGAUCUCACAUUUGUAGGAUGCUGUGGAGAGGGCAAAGUAAGUGGGACAACACAAAGGAACCUUAACUCAGAAGAUAAGCAGGAAGAAGUGGAUACUUCAGUGAGAUCAGUCCAGGUUGAGACCACAGAGCCAGCUCCAAGUCCUCCAGCAUUAUCACCUGCCUUGGAACAGCCUCAUACCUCCCAGCCUAGGAGUUCUGCUUCCCACAUGGAGAUAGCUGGUGUCACUGUGGUGGAGGUCCAUGAUGAGGACAAUGACGAAGAUGAAACUAAAGACAAAGGCACCACAGAAGGCGCCACAGCAGAAGGAGGAGAUCAAUCUGGUCCUGGGACAAUUCAGAAAAGUUACUGGAGUCGUCACUUCUUAGUCGAUCUGCUUGCAGUGGCCAUCCCUGUAGUGCCGACAGUGGCUUGGCUGUGCCGCGGUCCGGUCCGUGGUGGACAGCCCAUGUAUCAUAUAGGAUCGCUGCUUCGAGGCUGUUGCACCGUGGCCCUGCACUCUCUGCGUAGAGGAGGGGGGCUGAGGCAUUACCCUGCAGGCGGGGGAGAUCUGGGUGGAUCAUUGAUAUAGGAGGAGGUCCUAUUCUACUCCUCUUUGGUCCUUCAGUACAACCACAGCAGUUUGAGUCUGGAUCUUCAGAGGAUAUUUGUAGAGUGAAGAGAUUGCUCCGUUUGCUUUUCUGAUCAAAGUGGAUAGCUGCAGGGAGCAUCCAGCAAAGGAAAUGUACAUCCAUGACAGAAAUCCCUGGCUGGUAAACUCUGUUCUGUUUGGUCCUGCUUCUUACUGUCUCUCACCUACUGGUCCUUGCUGUUGCUAUCAAGAUGUCUGCUAACAUCACAGACUUGUGCAAAACUGAAAGAGCUGAUUGAAAUGAAUGAAUGAAUGCUUGGAUGUCAAUCACUGAUUGUUGUGUUUUUAACUGCAGGGAAAUGUUUGUUAAUCUUUGACUCGAUUUUGAAAUGUGAAACAAUUCUGUGUUAGUGAACAUCUACAUGAAGUAUAUGUAUGUACAAGAUUAUCUACAUAUGGAACCAAAUACUCCGGUUUUCAGCAGAAGUUAAUACACACUCUGCUCACUGACCAGUGGCAAAGGGGAAAUCCGCUAUUUGGAAUUUACACCUUAUUAUUGGAGACUGGGGAUUGUGAAGUCUGUUGGAAUCCAAGGCAAGAAAUUCAAAGAGGGCCCCUAAACCGGUUUUAAUCCCCAUUAGGUUAUAAAUAACCACCAAAAAAUGUGAAAAAGCAGAAAUAUUACCCAAGACCACAUGGACUGACUAUUGAGAGUUAAUAGUGAAACUACAAGGUUUUUGCAUUCUUCCAGCCAACUAGCUAAGCUAACAGGUUGGCUGCUGAUGACACAGUUGACUCUGGAUACAGCUAAUUCAGCUCAGAGCUGGACACAUAAGGGUGCUCUGCUAGCUAAGGUAACUAAAUGUCAAAGAAGUGCAGUAAUGUAAUGCUAGCAGAAUUGUUAUUCAAGUGUCCUUCCCCAGUUAGUAUGACAUUUAACCUGUCAUUAUCCUCUUACUGCUCACUUGCUUUCUUUUUUCCUCUUUUCCCCUCUUUUUAUACUCCCAGAUGUUAAGGACCUGUGUCCAUACAUGGCACAUUUGCACUGGCAGAGCCCACAAAUUCAGAUUCACCAGCAGUCAUUGUUGCUGCUUCUCUUGGUUGUAUCCAUUCAGUAUGUGUGCGUAGUGUUUCCUUUAUUCAAAGAAACAUCACCAAGAAAACAUAGGCUCACAAGCAGCACCUCUUCACUUAAGAAACUGUUCCCUCACAAAUACAAGUCAGAACAUUUUUUCUUCCGCCACUGUUGUUGACAAAGCUGAUAACAGAAGUCGUGCCCCUUCUGGAUUUUGACUGUUUCGUGAGGGAGAAGUGACACUGACCAAAGGUUAACUCUUUUCAAAUUAGAGCAUUGUGAGAGUUCUUAAAUGCUGGACUACAUUGAGUUUAUAAUGAGAAUCAGUGCUGCCAGUGCUAAAAGAAUACAGCCAUGGACACAAGCCUCCAUUCCUGUCCAUUCAAGAGGGGUCUGGCUGCAGUUUGCAGAUCUCAGGUCUUACAGACCACUACUGUGAGACACCACCUCUGUCAGAAUGGACAGAGUAAAUGUUACUAUGAAAGCCAUUUAGGUAUGUUACCUUAAGCUUUAGCAACAUGAGCCUUAGCAAGUGUAGCUAAAGGUAACAUAGCUACAUUUGCUAUGCAGUUAAUGUAAAUAUGAAAGCCAAUUUUGCUGUGUUAGCAUAGCUCUAGCAAUGCGAGAUUAAGUAAAUGUAGCUACAUUAACUAUGUAGAUUAUGUAGCUAUAUAGCUAAAGCAGCUAAUGGAGCUUCAUUAAGCUUUAGCAAUGUUACCCAAGGGGUUUGUGUGGCUAAUGUAGCAUUGUUAGCUUUAGCCUUAGCUAGGUUGGCUGCGUUAGAGUGUUUUCAUUAAAGAUGAGCUUUUUUUCCCUGUAAGCAGACAUUUUACUUGGUCAGAUUUUUAAUUUUUAACUUUUGGUAUCCCAUCCCUUGACUCAAACCUUACCCUCACCCUAACCGGAAGUUCAGUUGGAUUUUAUUUUGUGCAUUUCCCUUCUGCUAGAAGCAGCAUCUCACAGUAGUUGUCCGCAAGACGGGCAUCUGAAAGCUGCUGUCUGCAGCCAGACUGUCUUGCUUCCUUCUCUUUUAGUUACUUUCAUUAACAAUCUUAUGUUCUCACAGGAACAGUGCACGUGAAGCUUGCCAGUGCAAAGAAAGUAAGUGCUGGCAGAUGGGGCCUCCUUUAGGGGGUUUCCUACUGUCAUUGCAGACUUUGCACAUUUCAAGCUGCUACUGUGGUUUAAAGUUUGUCAGCCCACGGGGCCCCACUACUGGCUGGGGUCUCAAACAGUUGCCAUUGCCUGUUGACAAGCAGUGCCACUGGGUG